AUGCAGCAUCUUCUUCUUCCUUACUCCGCUUUCCAUCCUCGAUCCAACCCCGACAAGGACCUUCAGUUCGUUCUUGUUGUCCUUUCGAGUUGUUCAAGGACAGUUCGUAAGGUCUUCAAGGAAGAACACUUGACAUCCAGCAAGCUGGAUUUUGAAGCAAGAGUGAGUGCAUACCAUCAGCAUCGAAUGAUUAGUGCAGUAAUUGACAGCAUACUCGUAGGUCCCCGUCCCUUUCAGUGGUAUCGUCUCCUUCGUCGCUCUCGAUUGAUAAUCAGCUCACACUGUGCAGUCUUCCCGUCCACGUAUAGGAGCGAUACUGUCACCAAAUCUACCGGGAUCAAAGUCGAAGAGCAGGUCAACCUACCCAGCUCGCACGGCGGACGGGAAGGUCACGAAAUUCGCUAUACCUCAUCUCAGGCCCCUCCGUCCCGCCGCUUUGAAGAGGAGAUCAGAGUAACAGAAAAGGACCGCUACCGUAGUCCGGGACGCAGAGAAGAGAACGUUCACGUCUACGAAGAAGAGCGUACGUCUCGUCCCAACAGACAGACCAAGAUCAGUGCCGAGCAAGACCGCUAUCGUGAACCUUACCAACGUUACGUCGACGCACAGAUCGACGUUCAGGACAAGGCCUACGACCACCAGUACCGUACCACCCACGGUCCUGCUACUCACUUGGAAUCAGAGGUCGACGUUACCGAGCGUGACUAUCGUCGCAGAACUAGCCCCAUAGUCCAGGACUCCUACGUUCAGGACACAUCUGGCUCUUACGUCCAAGACUAUCCCAAGACUACAUCUGCCCGAGACUACUACCACACCUCUCCUGCCCAAGAGGAAGUACGUGUCAAGACCAAGACCCGUACUACCGUCGACCCGCCCAAGCAACGCAAGUUUGACAUGGGAUAUUACGACGACGAAGGCCAAUAUCACUCUUUCCGUGACGGACUUCACCGCGCCACUGACCACAUCCUCCACCCCAUCCACGGACCUCGUCACCACCACCAGCAUCAUCAUCACUCAGAGCCCGUCAACGAAGUCGUUGAAGAACGCGAGACCGUAACCACCAUGUCUACUCCUCGUCGUUCUGCUGGCCGCUCUGGUCCUAGCAGUGCCGUCUCAAUCCCCUGCCACCACAUCCGCAUCGGUGACCUGCUGUAUCUUCAGGGCCGCCCUUGCCAGGUCAUCCGUAUCACCACCUCUUCUCAGACUGGUCAGCACCGCUACCUUGGUGUCGAUCUCUUUACCAAGCAGCUGCAAGAGGAGUCCUCUUUCAUCUCCAACCCUUCGCCAUCGGUGGUGGUUCAGCAGAUGUACGGACCCGUCUUCAAGCAGUACCGUGUCCUCGACAUCCGUGAUGAUGGCCAAGUUGUUGCCAUGACUGAGGGCGGCGAUGUCAAGCAGGGCCUUCCU